CUGUAACCAGAUUAACCCACCCCAGAUGUCCUCCAGCCACAGUCCGAGCAGCAGCCAGCACCCCGCUCCUCCAGGCACCCACAAACCAGAGAUCAGAAUGACUUCCCGCGAGAAGCUGCUGACCCUGAGAUCAAUGAAUCAGAAGGUUCGAGCUGCCAGGGUCCCGAUCCUGGGAUCUCUAUCCACCCGAGCGGAAGAGAUCCAGAGGGAAAUUCAAGAGGGGAUCCACAAACCCUUCACAAAGAUCACGCCCUGCUUCUUUGGAGACAUUCAGGCGAUGGGUCAAAAGCCGAGCACCUUCGUCCGCCAGGUGGCCGCAUUAUGCACCUACCCAGAGCUGCUGGAAAGUGGUCAGUUCCCAGAAGACGCCAAGACCAGAGCCCAUACAAUCCUGAAGAACAUGAACAAUGGAUCCGUGGGCGGCUACAAUCAUGAAUAUACAACCAAGACGCUCCCGCACAUCAUUGCCAAGUUCAUACAGAGGAGAGAUGAUGGGGUCCCCAGCACCCCCAGAAAUAUCAUUGUGUGCAGUGGAACCUCUGAAGCUGUGAUGAAUGUAUUAUCCUUGGUGGUGAAUGAUGAGGAGGAUCUGAAGACGGGGAUCCUGCUGCCUGUGCCCCACUGCCCGCUCUACAUGGACACCAUCACCCUGACUGGUGCAGUCAUGGUCCCCUAUUACCUGGAUGAGGGGCGCAGCUGGGCCGUCAGUGUCACCAGUAUUCGGGAGUCCCUUUCUGCAGCCAGGAGGCGCUGUAACCCCAAAGCGCUCUGCGUCAUAAACCCGGGGAACCCCACAGGACACGUCCUGACGAUGGAGAAGAUCACCGAGCUCGUUCAGCUGGCGGCCGAGGAGAACCUCCUGAUCCUCGCUGACGAGGUUUAUCAGGAGACUGUCUUUGGUCCAGGAGUUUCUUUCCAUUCUUUUAAGAAAGUUCUCUAUCAAAUGGGACCUGAGUAUUCAGAGCGAGUGCAGCUGAUAUCAGUCUACUCCAUGUCCAAGGGCAUCGCCGGAGAGUGCGGGCCACGGGCCGGAUACAUUGAGUUUGUGAACGUUGAUCCUGCAGUUUUUGAGGUUUUCUACAUCCUGAAAUCAUUCAGUAUCCCACCCAUCAUUGGGGUGCUGAUGAUGGAAGCGGUCCUAGAUCCCCCACAACCCGGAGACCGCUCUUAUGAGACCUUCAUGAAGGAGAAGCAGAUGCUGCUCGAUAAUCUGGCAGAGAAAGCCAAGAUCACAGAGGAAAUCCUGAACCGGGCCCCUGGAAUCCAAUGCAAUCCCAUCCAAGGAGCCCUGUACGCUUUUGCCAAAGUCCAGAUCCCAGACAGGGCUAUCAGACUGGCGCAGGACCGGAGUCAGGAACCUGAUGACCUCUAUUGCCAUCUUUUACUGGAAGACACUGGCAUUGUGCUGUGUGCUGGUAACAGCUUUGGACAGGCUGCGGGGACUUACCACUUCAGGAUCACUCUUACCCAUCCCAUCGAUGAGCUGAAGUCCAUUCUUCAGCAGAUCAUACAAUUCCACACACGCUUUACAACAGAAUAUUCCUGACAGUCGGUGAUCUGGGGGUCACGCUCCUCAUCGCCCCAUCCCCCCACUCUCAGGAGACACCAGAACUCACCCAAAUAUUCUGCAGAUGGGGAAAUCCAGGACCAAGCUGCACUUUAAUAAACAGAAUUUAUGUCGUAAC